AGGAGGGACCCAGGGACACUGGGGCCGGGCUGGGUGGCCGCCAGGCCCAGAGCUUACCGCGCCCCCUCCCAGGGCGAGAGACCAGCCUGUGGGCAAGCUUGACGGAGGGGUGACAGACAGCCUCCCCGGAUCUGGGCCCUGGGGGUGGGAGUUCAGGCAUAGGGCUAUUUGGGGGCUGCCAGUGGGCUGAGGAAAGGAGCCUUGAGGUGGGGUGGCAUGCCCAAGCCCCUUGCCCUGCCCUCUUCACUGGGGGUGGGGCCCUUAUCAAGCAGAGACGUCACCAUUUGGUAUCAAAUGCCAAAGUCUAAGCCAGGACCAUCUGCUGUGACCCCAAUGACACCUGAUAGGAGAGGUCCCCGGGUUCCCCGCUCCUAGCUACUUCCGGCCCUCGCCUCAGCACUGCCACCCACCAGGCCUUCUUCUAGCCAGGACCAGCGAGGGAGCUAGGCAGCCAGGGUCCCCUCAGCUCUGCCCCUUGAAACUGGACUGGGCUUGCCUGACAGCCGUCUAAGAUCCAGGCUUGGGCCUGGGUCUGUCCCUGCCCGAAAUCCAUGCCGAAUUCCCUCACCGGUGGCCAGGUCCCCCCUCCUACUCUGGACACGGUUGGCCUGGUGGACCGGAGUCUUGGAAAUGCAGGGACCUCCAGUUCUGCCCUCGUCUUGGAAGAGGGGCCCGUGGACCCCUGGGCCCUUCCUGAGCUGAAGGACACUGGCCAGUCCUGGAAAGAGCUCAGCGUGGCCGGCAGGGUGCGCCGCGUGACCAUCGGCUUCCUCAAGGCCUGCGGGCUCCUGGGCAACCUCUACCUCUUCAUCUGCUCCCUGGACAUCCUCAGCUCUGCCUUCCAGCUGCUGGGUAGCAAAGUGGCCGGAGACAUCUUCAAGGACAGUGUGGUGCUCUCCAACCCGGUGGCUGGCCUAGUCAUCGGCGUGCUGGUCACAGUUCUCGUGCAGAGCUCCAGCACGUCCUCCUCCAUCGUGGUCAGCAUGGUGGCCUCCAAGCUGCUGACUGUCCGGGCCUCUGUGCCUAUCAUCAUGGGUGUCAACGUGGGCACGUCCAUCACCAGCACCCUGGUCUCUAUGGCACAGUCGGGGGACCGGGAUGAGUUUCGGAGGGCCUUCGCGGGCUCCGCAGUGCAUGGCAUCUUCAACUGGCUCACGGUGCUGAUACUGCUGCCUCUGGAGAGCGCCGUAUCCCCGCUGGAGAGGCUCAGUGCCCUGGCCCUGGAUGUCACCAGCCUGCAGGCGGGGGUGCACGCACCCGACAUCCUCAAGGUGCUGACACAGCCGCUCACACACCUCAUUGUGCAGCUGGACAACGAUGUCAUUGUUAGCAGCGCCACAGGCAACGCCACCAACAGCAGCCUCAUUAAGCGAUGGUGCGGCACAAGGGUCCAGACGACCACAGGAAACAGCAGUAAUUGUGGAGUGGACGCCCUUGGCCCCUGCCCGGGAAGGAACGGCUCAGCCACCACGGAGCAACUGCCCUGCCACCACCUGUUCGUGGGCACGGCGCUCACGGACCUGGCUGUGGGCUUCAUCCUGCUGGCGGCCUCCUUGCUCGUCCUCUGCACCUGCCUGGUCCUCAUCGUCAAGCUGCUCAACUCCGUGCUUCGUGGCCGCAUUGCCCAGGCCGUGAGGAUGGUCAUCAACGCUGACUUCCCCUUCCCGUUUGGCUGGCUCAGCGGCUACCUGGCCAUCUUGGUGGGUGCUGGCCUCACCUUUGUGCUCCAAAGCAGCAGCGUCUUCACAGCGGCCAUCGUGCCACUCCUGGGGGUCGGGGUGAUCAGCCUGGAGCGGGUGUACCCCCUCUUACUGGGCUCCAACAUUGGCACCACCACCACAGCCUUGCUGGCCGCCCUGGCCAGCCCCUCAAACACGCUGCUCAGUGCCAUCCAGGUUGCCCUCAUCCACUUCUUUUUCAACCUGGCUGGCAUUCUGCUGUGGUACGUGGUGCCUGUCCUGCGGCUGCCCAUCCCGAUGGCCAAGCGCUUUGGGGACCUGACCGCCCGCUACCGCUGGGUGGCCAUCGCCUAUCUACUCCUCAGCUUCCUGCUGCUGCCACUGGCUGCCUUUGGGCUCUCCCUGGCGGGGGACACGGUGCUGGCUGCAGUCGGGGGGCCCCUGGUGGCAUUGGUGCUUCUCCUUAUCCUGGUCAACGUCCUGCAGAGGCAUCGGCCAGCCUGGCUGCCUCGCCCUCUGCGGUCCUGGGCCUGGCUCCCCCUCUGGCUCCACUCUCUGGAGCCCUGGGACCGCCUGCUGAGCCGCUGUUGCCCCUGCAGGGCCUGCAGCACCCCUCAGGCCACCGUCAAGGAGGCCCACUGCUACGAGAACCCCAACAUCCUGGCCUCCCAGCAGUUGUGAGGGUGGGUGCCCCCCACUGACCUCUGGGUACCCUGGGAGAUCCAGGUUGCAGUGGACUUCUGAGUCACCUGGCUUGCUUUCUUUGCAAAUAAAUGAGGCUGUGACCCAAA